CCCAAGGAAAUUUUCGAAAAUCGGAGACUCCGGAGAAAUUUCGAGAACUGGAUCCUUGGAGAACCUCGAGGUUGGUCCAGGAUCGAAAAAGGGAUAAAGAGGGUCGCAGGUUGGACCGCCUUUUGGAUUACCCAAUGCCCUUUGGUUGCUGAGCCUUUCUUGAUUUCGGGAUGGGUAAUAAUAAAUUGAUGGGGUACUAUACCCCUGAAUUCGAUGUUCCAUCUAUAAAAAGGGUUUGAGAAGAAAAUAAAAUAAAAAUGGGGAUCAGUAAAGGAUCGAGGGAAGGGGGAACUUGGAUUGUAAAUAAAGAAAAGGUGUGCAAAGGAUAUCAAGGAGAUUUAAAAGUUAUAGAGGAAAUUAGGAACGAAGACCAAUUUUAAUUAGGUUUCCGGCAAUAGGCAAAAGGACAAAUCAGACUUUUUACAUUCUCAUCGGAUAUUUAGCAUUGAAAACUAUUUUUUUCAAGUACGAUUAUAAUACUGUAUAAUAGGGUGAUGCUUAUCGUUUUUUGCGCUUUUUUACGGAAUAAACUUGGACCAAGAUAUAUAGGUAAUCGAUAUAAUCGUCCGAUUUUCGCAACGAAUUUUUAUCUCCGCGCUUGAUAAGCCGAUAGUAAAAUCUCUCUCCUUGUAUCUAUACUUCUGUCGCGCUAUUCGCUGUGUCUUUCUCUAUCAUAUCGGUACAUGGUACAUAGUCUCUAUUUGGUGGCCUAUUCAAAUAAACGAGAGGAUUCAGCCUAGCGUUCCGGCCGGUUUACUAAAUAAUUACAUUGUAUAUUGUGCUCAACUCGUGCUGUGCUUUUUAUACCGUGCCCUCGUGAUUCGUCGCGAGUGUGUUCUAGUGCUUAGUGAUAACGAUUCGCAGUUAGUUCCGGGCCCAGAAGGCUGGGUAUUAUCCUGAGAUGCCUGUUAGACGAGGUCACGUGGCACCCAGGACAACUAUAAUCGAAACCAUCAUUAGGAAAUUCGACACACAUGAUCGAAGCUUUUUGGUAGCCAACGCUCAACACGGACUAUGUCACAUAAUAUAUUGCUCAGACGGGUUCUGCCGGUUGACGGGGUUCUCGAGGGCAGAAGUUAUGCAGAGACCAGCAGUUUGCGAAUUUCUGCAUGGACCAAUGACAUCGCCCCAUGCAGUCGCUGCUCUCCGGGACGGCCUCGCUGCCGGGGUCGAAAAACACUUCGAAAUUCUUUACUACAGAAAAGACGGAACAAAAUUUCUUUGCAGCGAGGUGAUAGCCUUAAUCAGAAGCGAGGUGGACGACAUCUGCCUUCAAAUCAUAAACUUCGAAGACUUAAGCGCCCAACCACCCCCUCAAGCCGCCAUUCCACCAUCGAGCCAGGCCAACAACAGACUCUCUACACGCUUCAACAGGGCCAGGGCGUCUUUUCGUGCCGGACUUUCGAGGACAGGAGUUGUUGGUCCAUCUCGAGUCAGAAACAGACCAAAAACGAGUUCAAAUUUGCCCCAUCGGCUCCCAGACGGAACCAUCCUCGACGAAGAAGCCUCCGAAAAUUGUCCACUAACAUGUGGUUCCCCCACCAUGAUGGAUUCCUGGGGCCCGGGAAGAACAGGGACACCCCCACUUGCACUGCCACCUCCGCAUACGGUUGGCAGCAUUGGCGGAACCUCAGGGGUCCCAACUCAUCCGCAACCCGGCACAAUUGCACCGAUUGCCAGUCCAGAAGGUGUAAGCGAUGUAUCCCAAAAAUCAGGAUUAUGGGAGGGUACCCAUUCGUCUUCAGUCGAUCAAGGUCCUUCUCGAAGUGUUUCACAUGCGGCAAGUUUGGAUGCGAUUUCCAGACGGGUCGUCAAACCCGAAACUGCGAGGACGCCCUGUCGCAGUCUUACUUGUAGCGUUUUAGCGGGUCGAGGGAGCGAACAAGUCACCCUCGAGCGAAGGCCAGCGACUGUUGAUAAUCUCACCGAAGCAGCAAAACAUUCGAAAAUCUUCCCUGGUGUUGCUUCCGAAAGUGAUUUGCAAAAAUGGCGAACAUCCAGAGACCGGAAGUCGCCUUCUUUGAGUCAAAUGGGACCAGAGUCCUUAAGACACAAAUAUUCACUACAAGACAAUGGCUCGGCGAAAUAUUUUCAAGGGGCUAUGCACACACCAAAUAUGGGGGAGAAAGUGGCACAGGUGCUGUCUCUUGGUGCUGACGUUCUGCCCGAUUACAAACUUCAAUCUCCCAGAGUGCACAAGUGGACAAUUUUACAUUAUUCACCCUUCAAGGCCGUCUGGGAUUGGGUGAUUCUUAUUCUUGUGAUGUACACUGCAAUUUUUACACCCUAUGUUGCCGCAUUUCUACUCGCUGAACCAGAUUAUAACAGAGUGAAGAGUAAAAAGUACGGCGAGGAUCCGAUUGUCAUCAUCGACCUCAUAGUUGACGUCACAUUCAUCGUGGACAUACUCAUAAAUUUUCGUACGACCUUCGUCAAUAGCAACGACGAGGUGGUUUCCCAUCCAGGGAAGAUAGCCGUCCAUUACCUCAAAGGUUGGUUCAUCAUCGACCUUGUGGCUGCCAUACCCUUCGACCUUCUUCUCUUCGGCUCUGAUACGGACGAGCUCGGCUUGGACAAGGAUGAGACAACAACUCUGAUUGGACUGCUGAAGACUGCUCGGCUUUUAAGAUUGGUUAGGGUGGCAAGAAAAAUCGACAGAUAUAGCGAAUAUGGGGCAGCUGUUCUGCUUUUGCUGAUGGCUACCUUUGCCCUCAUCGCUCAUUGGAUGGCUUGUAUCUGGUAUGCAAUUGGAAACGCCGAAAGACCUUCCUUAAAAAGCAAAGUGGGUUGGCUAGACAUUUUAGCAAACGAUACUCAUCAAUUUUAUAAUCACAAUAAUACUGGUGGUCCCAGUAUAAAGAGUCGAUAUAUCACAGCCUUAUACUUCACCUUCAGCAGUUUAACAUCCGUAGGAUUUGGAAAUGUGGCGCCUAACACUGACGCUGAAAAAAUCUUCACUAUCAUUGUCAUGUUGAUAGGAUCCCUAAUGUACGCCAGUAUUUUUGGAAACGUCUCGGCGAUAAUUCAGAGACUUUAUAGUGGAACUGCCAGAUAUCAUACUCAAAUGCUAAGAGUGAGAGAGUUCAUCCGGUUUCAUCAAAUUCCAAACCCACUUCGACAAAGACUGGAAGAAUAUUUCCAGCACGCCUGGACUUAUACUAAUGGAAUAGACAUGAAUAGUGUCUUGAAGGGGUUCCCAGAGUGCCUUCAGGCUGACAUCUGCCUUCAUUUGAACAGAAAUCUUCUGAAUAAUUGCAAAGCGUUCGAAGGCGCGAGUCCCGGCUGUUUAAGAGCUUUAUCCCUCAAAUUUAAAACCACUCACGCACCUCCAGGCGACACUUUGGUUCACAGGGGCGAUGUCUUGACGUCACUCUAUUUUAUAUCAAGGGGAAGUAUAGAAAUCCUUAAGGACGAUAUUGUAAUGGCGAUCCUCAGCAAGGAUGACAUCUUCGGCGAAAAUCCUUGCAUCUAUCCGACUGUGGGAAAGUCGUCCUGUAAUGUGAGGGCCCUCACUUAUUGUGAUCUUCACAAAAUCCACAGGGACGAUCUUCUUGACGUCUUAGCUCUCUAUCCUGAAUUUUCUAGUUACUUUAGCCGGAACUUGGAGAUCACUUUCAACAUGAGAGACGAUGAACAAGCGGGAGUCGAUCCGAUAUCAGCUAGAUUUCCAGUCAGCACUCCAACUGAUAUCGAGUUCGAUGCGAGGAGAUUCGCCUUCCGUCCACCCAGAUAUCGCCGAGGACCAGGUGGUCCUCCUGGUACAAAUCUCAUUCCUACAUGUCGUCAAGAUUCACUAAACGACGAACAAGAAGAGUUCGAAAAGGGUAGCAGUGGCCACGGGAUUCUGGAGUUUAACACCAAUAAGGCUGGCCAAGACGUGACACCUCUCAACCUAGAAUUCGACGAACCGAAACAAAGGAGUUCAACCUUCAAUUCCAUAACCGGCAUGCUAACCCAUCUCAAGCGCAGCAUUCCGGAUCUUCGACAGCACAAGAUCCAUCUGCAGCCCCUGACGAGUCACGACUACCUGGCCAAGCAAAUAACGACGCCAUUAACAAGGCCAGCGAGGAGAAGCUCUGCGGCUGGAGAAAGCUCUUUAAGUCAUAAUAACACUCAUCCAGCAUCCACCAUCACUAGUCAUUAUACUACUCCCUCCCCACCUCAACCUAAUGGAGACUUCCAGAGUGGGCCAGGAAGGCCCCUAGACGAAGUAAAUGCCAGAAUAGAUCAAUUGACAAGACAGGUAACCUCCCUCGAACAUUCGAUGACAGGGGAAAUCAGAUUAAUUCUGGCUUUACUACAACAAACUAUAAAUUCCUCGAGGGAGAGUUCUAGCAUCGAAAUGCCAGGAACCGCGCCUGCAGGAACUGUGAGAAUCAAUGGGCGAGCUCCAGCCCUCGUUCAAAGAUCUGUUAGUGAACCACAACCCCAAACUCUCCCACCCUCCACGAGUAAUAAUGGAAAUGGGAAAUUGCAACCCAGUACUUCCCAUAGUCUCUUUAGGCCACCGACAAGAGAACCGACAUCUUCCUCAGGAACGUCACGUUUGACGGUGACGUCGGACACUUCGGCCUUGGCUCAGGCCUUGCAGACGGCCUUAAAUAGUAGAACGGCACCCACAAGGUCACAGAGUCAACCUGUUGACCUUGCUGUACCCACAAACGCCCUGCAACCCCAUCAACCCCAUACCUGGCAUAGUCAACCCGCUGCCUUUCGUAGAUGCGAAUUUAGAAGCGGUUACAGUUCAUUCAACAAACGUUCAGAACCGGAAGGUGACGACCCCUGGAGCUGCAUAGUUCCAAUUCUCGACCGGGGGACUCUGCAACGACCCAGAAGUGGAGACUCGCGAAAAGAAUCCUCUAGCCUCCGGAGCACGACCGAACAGUCCUCAAGUCAAAGGUCAGACAGAGCGCCAUCUGAAAGUUCCCAACUACUAUCAACUCAACGCCAGGAGCCCUCAAGACAGACAAGUGAGGAUAUGUCCUGGGAAUUCACCAUCAAUGAGGCUCCAAUCGCCAGGCUGGAAUCCUUGGACGAACUUGAUCAGGAUCAUGGAAGUUAAGGGGAAACUCUAAACUCACAUGUGGUAUCGAUUAUCAUAAACAAUCUUAACAGACAAAUACUGCCUCGACGUAGGUAGCAGGGUAGAAUCAGCGCCGUAGUCGCACGGACAAAUUUGGCUGUGGUUAGAAAUGCGCCUUGGCGGGCUUCCUGAAUUAAAAAGCCGCGUGCGGAAUCGCGGAAGAUCGGAUUUUCGCCCCGAGAUUUUCGCUUCGAUUCGAGGUUAGGGAAAGAGUCGUUUCCAAAGUUCUGAAGAUAGUUCUGUUGACAUACAAUUUAUUUGGGAAACAUACUAGUCACACUUUUCAAAAUACGGAGAAAAGGGAUAUUUGCAAUUUGAAUUUCGCGCCAAACUUAUACAUAACCUCUUUCUAAUGUUAUUCUGGCGCGAAAUCCAGAUUGUGGAACUUUCUCUACUCAUUUUGAAAACUUGGAAUCAGUGAAAUAGAUAAUGUGUUUCAGAAUUUUGGAAGUGACUGAGAUCGGUAGAUUAAUGAAGCUAUUACUUUUGAUUCCUGAGUAAUUGAUAUAAUUUUCAUAUUUUGGUCCACCCCAACUUCUAGAAGUUUAACAAAGUUGGAUUUAAUUUUCAACUAGUCAAAAUUAUAAAUUUUUCAUUUAAUUUAUAAACUUUUUUAAAUACGACUUUUCCUAAAAAGAUAUAGAAAAAAUUAAAGUCUAUUAUUAUAUUUUUGUCAUGAACUUCGAUCGGGCGAAGAGAGGGGAACAAAGUGAGCGUUAAAACUGACGAUAUAAAUAUUUAUAAAUAAU